UUUUGCACUUUCUGUUCCAUGUCCUGUCAGCACACCUGUUCCUCGUUAAAUUAGUUCUGCCUAUUUAGUUCCACCUGUGUCCGUCUUUCAGUGUUGGAUCAUUCUUGCUGUUCCUUGCAGACCGUGUGCGGUUUCUCUGUGUUCCUGCCUUCCUUUAGACAGGAGUCAAGAAAAGUAGUACCAGAAGCAACACUCGACAAGGUCUUUGGGUGAAGCUUUCACUGUUGCCGGUGACCUGCGCGGCCACUUCAGAGCCUUGAAUAUGCAUCCAGGCAGCGGGAUGGAAAAGGCUGGCACUUUUUGAAGAUCCAAGCCAAACAUGGAGGCUGCGGAGGACACGCGAGGAUGGAGUGUUUUAGUCGCGGUGAUGCUGUUUGCGGUGUUGAGCCACACGAGCGCUGCCAGAGACCGAGAAGCCCCUCGGCUGACCUCGGGGUCCUCACACCAGCACCAUCGCCUGAAGAGAGGCUGGAUCUGGAAACAGUUGUUCGUCCCGGAGGAAGAUCCCACUCCCCGUGUCAUCGGCCAGCUCAAAUCCGACUAUGACCGCGGGGAGUCCGCCAUCCAGUACAUCCUGUCAGGGGAGGGCGCGGGAGAUGCGUUCGCCAUCGACGAGUACUCCGGGGAGAUUCGAACGCUGAAGAAGCUGGACCGCGAGGAAAAGGCCUUCUAUGUCCUCCAGGCGCAGGCCAUCAACAGGCGCUCCAAAGAACCUGAGGAGCCCCAAUCGGAGUUCAUCAUCAAGGUGCAGGACAUCAACGACAAUGCCCCCCGGUUCCAGAACGAGCCCUAUGUGUCCAGCAUCCCUGAGAUGUGUCCCACUGGUACGUUUGACACACUUUUGAUAUUCAUUUAAAGCCCUCUUGAAACCCACUACUACCCACCACGCAGUCUGACAGUUUAUAUAUCAAUGAUGAAAUCUUAAAGGGGAACAUUAUCCCGAUUUCAAAAGGGUUAAAAACAAUAAAAAUCAGUU